AUGAGCUCGACUUCGUCAAACUUGGGCAAGUCCCUUUCAGCAUCGACUUCCCAUUCGCCUUCGAUCCAGCCUGGUCCCGUCACCGCGAGUUUCGAAUCCAACCGCCGGCCCUCCCAACCCAGUCCUUCAUUCCCACACGCAACCCCCCGGAAGGGUCAGGGCUCUCGGAAGCAACACAAAAUGCAGCGAAGACCGGGACUUGGCGACGCCAGACACGCGAACCCAGACGAUGACGAUGCUAUGGCCGAGAUACGGGCUAUAGGGAAUGCCAACAGUCGACGAGGUCAAACCUCAAUUACACACCUUCUGAACUACAGCCGUCCGCCGACUGCUUACGCGGAUCAUCAUUCUUAUGCUCGGAAUUAUAGACGGAAUCCGACUUGGGGACCUGGCUCGGGACACCAUGCCGUAGACAAGGCGAGAUACGUGCAUGCGAAUUACAGAUUUGUCGUCUCACCGGAAGGCAAUUACGCCAGCCAAGCGGCUGACGCCGAUGUUCAUAUCGAUUGGAACAACGUCCUGCAGAUUUUGGCCUCAUCCGAAUCGCAGGGGGCUAGUUGCCCGAUCUGUCUGUCCGAGCCGGUGGCGCCACGAAUGGCAAAGUGCGGUCACAUUUUCUGCCUUCCAUGUCUGAUUCGGUUUAUGAACUCGACAGAUGAGGACUCGAAGCAUGGAAAAGGUGCAAGGUGGAAGAAAUGUCCGCUCUGCGAAGACAGCGUCUACCUUCACGAGACGCGGCCUGUGCGUUUCUAUGCGGGCCAGGAGAGCCCUCUGCCGCGAGUUGGCGAUGACGUUGUCCUACGUCUCAUGGCCCGGACAGCCAAGUCAACCCUCGCAUUGCCCUGGGAAAAUGGCUCUGACGCGCUCAAUGUGUCGGACGACGUGCCCUGGCACUUUGCAGCCAAUGUUCUGGAUUAUGCCAGGAUCAUGAAGGGAACUGGAGACUACAUGUUGGAGCAAUUCAACGAAGAGAUUGAGGCGCUGCGGAAACAGGGAACCGAGGAUCAACUUCUUUACCACGACGACGAUGAAUGGACCAAGAAGGCGAUCCGGGCCAUUGAUGCGGCGAAGGAGAAGGUCCAAGACCUCGGCAGGAACGACUCCAUGCUGCCAAAUAAGAAGCUGGGCAACCAGAACAAGACCGUUCAACCUGACUUCUACUUCUACUCAUCACAGCCGCAUCUCUACCUAUCAGCUCUCGAUAUUCGUAUUCUCAAGACGAAAUAUGGCGACUUCUCUGCAUUUCCAUCCACGUUGUUGCCUCGCGUCGAGCACAUUUCGACAGGCCAUGUUCUAGACGAGGUGCAGAGAAAGCGGGCCAAGUAUUUGGGUCAUCUUCCGUAUGGUUGCCGAAUCAGUUUCUUGGAAUGCGAUUGGACAGACAUUGUGUCGGCGGAUGUCCUCGAAAAGUUCGCUGAUGAGAUUGGCCGGCGGAGAAAGCGGAAUCGUGACAAGGCCGUACAGGAAGAACGCGAGAGGCUUCAGUCCGAAAGGAUUGAGGCUGCCCAGUUCAAGAGUACCGCGGCUAUGCGACGAGAUUAUGGACCGGUCGAAGAGGAUCACGUUCCUGCGUUGAACUUGGAAGAGUUCCAGCCCCUAUCGAGCCACGCCAACGCUACGCCGCCCGAUCCACGACCGGGAUUCGAGCAUCUUGCAACCAUUUCUACAAGUCCAUCCACGCAGAAAACCGUUUGGGGCACUUCUGUCGUACCUGGGUCCCCAGAGCUUGCCCCGGCUUCAAUGCGUCAACUUGACGACGGGUGGCUCAAGGAUGAAGACUUGUGGGGACCUCAAGAGCUUUCUUUCCAGAUGGAGGCUUUGGGUGUGACUGAGCCCGGUCCCUCUAGCAGUAGUGCCGCAUUUGGGGCCGGUGGCAGCAGCAACAAUGGCGGCGGUGGAUCAGGAGGAGCUGGUAAGGGAAAGAAGAAGAAGCAGAAGAUUACGCUGAUGAGCACCGGCGGGCGUAGGCAAGGAUGA